GAUGGGCAGGGCGGGGCGCUUGUCCCAGCGGUGGGAGGAGCCACACGGGAGCUCUGCCAGCAAGAGGAUCAAAUUCCUCCAGGGUGAACUGUGAGACAGAAAGUCCCAGCAGCCGGGAAGGCCCUGGAACUGCACCUGCCCUCAACCCGCCCGGCAAGGCCCCCACGCGAGGCCCUUCCUGCCCCUCAGUGCCCCGGGGAGCGCUGGAGAGAAAGCAGCGAUGGAGCCGGGCAGGACCCAGAUACAGCUUGACCCGCGAUACACGGCAGAUCUUCUGGAGGUGCUGAAGACUAAUUACGGCAUCCCCGCCGCCUGCUUCUCUCACCCUCCCACCGCAGCCCAGAUCCUGAGAGGUGAGUGGGGACCCUCCCUAGAGGGAACUGAGAGCAAGAGACACAUGACCCAAAGGGGAGCCAGGCCGGCCGAGCGAAGCUGGGGAGAGGCGGCCCUGAGCUGGUCCACCUGCACAGAAAUGAACCAGUGCGAAUGCCCAUGGCCAGGGCGUCCAGACGUGCCUGGUGGCCACGCCGUGGUCAGUGCCAGUACGUGGCUGCUACAGCAGUUCCAGGAACCUGUUCAGAGUGCAGCUGAGCACCAAAGGCAAGAGAUAGAGAGAGAGUGCCUGCCUGCCUGCCUCACUGGCUACCUUCUCGCCUGUCACCAGAUUUCUGAGGAGAGCACAGCUCUCUGGAUCAACACCUUCCUCGGCGUGUCCACGCUGUUGGCCCUCUGGACCCUGGGCAUCCUCUUCCGUCAAGCCAAGCUACACCUGGGUGAGCAGAACAUUGGAGCCAAGUUUGCUCUGUUCCAGGUUCUCCUCAUCCUGACUGCCCUGCAGCCCUCCAUUUUCUCAGUCUUGGCCAAUGGCGGACAGAUUGCUUGUUCACCUCCCUUUUCCUCUAAAAUCAGGUCUCAAGUGAUGAACUGCCACCUCCUCAUACUGGAGACUUUUCUAAUGACUGUGCUGACACGGACGUACUACCGGAGGAAAGACCGCAGGGCUGGGUAUGAAGCUUUCCCUUCUCCAGACCUGGACUUGACCCUCAAGGCCUAAGGUGGAUGGCCUGGGCAGUGAACGAGAUGCUGUACUCAUUAGAAUAAAGACUUCCUUACUGUCCCUCAACCUUGACCAAAUGGGGAAGCAUUUCCAUUGUCAGCACAGGCCGGCAGACUCCAUGUGACACGACAGAUGAAGGUGAACACUGUGUGGGAUAAAACUGUUUUGGAUCUUGCCUGGGGAAGGUGUUUUAAGUUUUGUAAUAAACAAGAUGAAGCCUGAAAAUGUG